AUGACAAUGUCAGGAACAUACGUGACGGAGGUGCCUCUAAAGGGAAAGGCAGAGAAACACUACAAAAGAUGGAGCAGAGAGCAUAACCUCUUUCCUGACGCCAUCGGCCAUCAUAUCCAAGGAGUCACCGUCCAUGAUGGCGAUUGGGACUCUCACGACACAAUUAAAAUCUGGAACUACACUUGGGAUGGUAAGGAGGAAUUGUUCAAAGAGAUGGUAGAGAUGGACGACGAAAAUAUGGCCGUUACUAUCAAUGGGCUCGAGGGUCACGUGAUGGAGGAACUAAAGGUGUUUGUUGUAACCUACCAGUUCAUACCCAUGUCUGAAGAAGGUUGCCUCUGCAAAAUCACUAUGGUGUGGGAGAAGCGGAAUGAAGACUCCCCUGAGCCCAUUAACUACAUGAAGUUCGUCGAGAUGAUGGUUGCUGACAUGGACGAUCACAUCCUCCAAGACCAGGAAUGAUGAUUCAUGAUCAUUAUCAGUUUAUCACAUCCUCUUUCAUCUACGCAUAUAUGUGUGUGUCUAUAUUAUUUGUGAUUUGAUUCAUGCAUGAUACUUCCUUCUAUGAUCGUGAUGGUGUUUUAUGUCCAGCUCUCAAGUAUAUGAAUAUUUGUGCUCG